GCACAUCAUUAUUUUGAAAUCUUAGUUCAGUGGUAAACGUGUUACAUGUGCCCUCUAUUAAUGCCUCAGAGCAUUUGUAAAGCUCCCAAAUGCUGCUCGGCCUGGAUCUUCCUGCAAAGCAGUCGCAGCACUUUACCCACAUCAUUUACUAUUUUAUUUUGAUCAGUGCUGUCAACGUCGACAAUGGAGCUUGUGUUAUACCAGAGGCCAGUCAGGAGGGACCGCUGCGUUCCUUCAAAAGCUACGAGGACGUCGUCAUGUUCCACUACAGUGUUCCGAAACAGGUGACCCGGGCGACCUGGCAAUUCACCGCCUUUUCGGACAAUGUAGAUUGCCCGCAGAGAAAAGUCAACAUACUCUUGAAAUGGGGAAGUUACCCGGUUAUCUCCGUGAACAAUGCAUCUUACCCACCGCACGUGUACGUGGAUCGCGAUAGCACGAUCAGGACGACCACUGUCACGAGUUUCAAGUCGAAUGAUGUGGUUUUGGUUCCGGUGAACAGUCCGGAGCCGGGGGACUGGUUCGUUGGGGCUUACCUGGACCAGUGGGACGAGAGGAUACACCAAAAAGGACUCGUCACGGAGUGCCGCUACAAUCUGGGCUCGGUGGCGCUGUGGUCGGAGACCCAUGGGAUUGAAAACAUCCCUCUGGGCUAUCAAAAAACUAUUGUCACGAGCAAAACGAUUUCGUAUUACAAGUUUUACAUUCCAAUGGACACGUGGAACUUCAAAGCCGAUAUUUCGGGCUGCAACGUUACAGUUAAGCAAUCACCGAAUUUUCGAGGGCCUUGCAUAAAAAAUUUAAAUUUAAAGGGACGAGCUAUGCCUCAUCACUCGGAACACACGGAGAACACGAGCCUGACGUCGGCGGAUACUUACACCUUUUGGGAAUCUUCUCCUUUUCAAGAUGAAUGGUAUUAUUUGAUGGUGGUGUCUAGCAGUGCGAUAAAAUUUGACAUCAAAGUAACUGUAGCGCUGUGUCCAAUUAAAACGGUGGAAGAAGUGUUUGCCAGUCGUUACAUGAAUGUUCCUGUUCGUCCGAGAGCAUUGGAUGAAUUUUAUUUGAAGGAUUUGAAAGAAAAAACGUUAACGAGAAACUCUUCCAAUAGCUCCGUUAAACAAAGUCAGAUAUGGAAUAACCGUACAAUUAGUGGCAGUUAUAAGCGUACCCAGUCUACUAAUAUUGAUGACGAUUUUACGGAUUCUUGCAUCACGAGACAUCAAUUAGUUAGAGUUAAAUAUUCUCAACUCUUUAGUGGAGAUUAUUUAUUUUGGGGAAGAGAUUGGCUCACAUCUUGGCUCACGUUGAAUGAUAAAAAUCCAGUUGUCGUGCAAUUUCACGUUCUUCCGUUGGUCGACAUUGGCGGAACGCUUGAUAUUAACGUAGAACUUGACGUGGACGAGGUCCAAAUCAAACAACAAAUCAACGUCACCGUUUGCAUCAGUCGCGGACGUUUACCUAAAUUAAAAGACGGUCACAUGUCGUGUAUUGACAAUCAUAUGACAAUGAAGGUGUCAUCCAGCGGACCAAAUAGUACAAAUAUUAUGAUUCCAUAUCCGCAACCGGAUGUGUAUUACAUCGCUUUUACAUCGACUUGCUACGUUAACGGGAAAACUGUAAAUUGCAAAGUGGAAGAAAUUUUAUUGUCGUUAAAUGUAAAAUUGAGAGCGUGCGUGUUCAGAGGAACCGAUUCCUGCGGUGAAUUCGGAGUUUGCGAAGAAAUUCACAAAGACCUGCUCUACUUUAGCGCAUGCAAAUGUUUCGGAGGACAUCAAGGAUGGGCUUGCACGGAUGCAACAAACGCCGUCUCGGAGUACUCGGUUGUAUUUGCAACUUUAGCUUUGACUUUGAGUAACUUAUUUUUCAUUCCAGCCAUAUAUUUGGCGAUAAAACGCAAACUCUUCACCGAAGCGCUAGUUUUCACUUCGAUAAUGUUUUUCUCUUCAUUUUACCAUGCCUGCGAUCAACCAUCGAUUGGAUACUGCGUCGCAAAGUUUGAAGUACUUCAGUACUGCGAUUUCUUUUUGGGAAUGCUCGCCUUUUGGGUUACAUUGGUUUGCAUGGCCGAUAUCCCGACGAAGCUCGAAUCUUUUUUACAAGUUUUAGGGGUGAUUAUAAUUACUUUUGGAGUAGAAUCGGAUAAAACUAGUCUCAGAAGUAUUUUGAUACCUUUGAUCAUCGGCUGCUCUAUUCCGUUGGUUUCUUAUGGAGUUCGUUGCGUAAAUAUGAAAAAGUUCAUACGGCCACAAAGAGUGGUACCCUUUAUUUAUGGCUUUAUCUUGGUGACCAUUGGCGUUCUAUUGUUUUCCCUUGUGGAAACAAAAUCUAAUUACCAGUAUGUCCACAGUGCCUGGCACGCGAUAAUUGCCUUAUCUCUAAUAUUUCUGUUACCAGUGAAAGAAGUACAAGUUCGGAGAAAUAAAACUGAUAACAAAUCUUUGCAAUGCGAAGAAUUCCCGAGUGAUUUGGUCUUUCACAUAAGUGGAAGACAAAAUAAGGACCACCUGAUAGAGGAUGUAACGUGAUGAACGCACCAAACGUGACAUUUUUUUUUAAGAUUACACAUAUAUUUUAUGUAACGUUGUUUUGUAGAUGGAUGACAUAUAUUUUACAUGUACAUCCGGUGUUUAAGUAUGCGAUUUUAUACUCCUGAAAUAAUUUUCUACAAAUAAAUACCUAUAAGUACAAUAAAAA